CUCGGGUGGCGGGCGCCAGGACAGAGCGUCCUAGCGGUGUCACAGCGUGGGUUGGCGUGAGGGGAGACGCGUGAGCGAGCGCGUUGCCCGGAGUGCACCUGCUACCUGUCCUGCCCAACCAGGGAGUCCCCGCCGCCCUCGCCCCCGCCGUCGAGCCGCCAUGGAAGUGCAGAAGGAGGCGCAACGCAUCAUGACUCUGUCGGUGUGGAAGAUGUACCAUUCGCGCAUGCAGCGCGGUGGCCUGCGGCUGCACCGGAGUCUGCAGUUAUCGCUGGUCAUGCGCAGCGCCCGAGAGCUCUACCUCUCAGCCAAGGUGGAAGCCCACGAGCCCGAGGUGCCCUUGCCGCCCGUCCGCUCGCCUGAUCCUCGCCUGCACCAGUCGCGGGAAGCGGAAGCUGUAGCCGAGGCAGCGCCCCCCGACGGUGAGCAGCCCUCUCCGGAGCCCAUGGACACGCGGGAGGCGCCGCGAGCCGAGGAGACCCCAGCCCUCUGUGCCCCGCGCCCCGCAAAAGUCAGCCGAAAGCGGCGGAACAGCAGCCUGAGUGACGGCGGGGACGUCGGACUGGUCCCAAGCAAGAAAGCCCGUCUAGAAGAGGAGGAGGAGGAAGGAGCCUCUUCGGAGGUCCCUGAUCGCCUGCAGCCACCUCCCGCGCAAGCUGAGGGCGCCUUCCCCAACCUGGCGCGCGUCCUACAGAGGCGCUUCUCUGGCCUCCUGAACUGCAGCCCCGCCGCCCCCCCGACGGCGCCGCCGGCGUGCGAAGCGAAGCCGGCCUGCCGCCCGGCGGACAGCAUGCUGAACGUGCUCGUGCGGGCCGUGGUGGCCUUCUGAGGGUCCCCGAGCGGCGCUACCGGAGCCCAGAGCGCGGGCCGAACCGUCGGCCGGAGUGUGCAGACCCGAGGCGAGGCCCACCCCCGUGGGAGUGCCCGCCGAAACGGUGGAGAGGAUCUGCUGCCCGGGCUGCUGAGAAGCCUGAGGAGGGACUCUGCCCCCGGGGAGCCGUCGCCGCCUGUGUGCCGCGGCGGCGCCGAUGAGCCUGAGCCGGGAGCGCGAGCGCCUUCCGCCGAGACCUGCUGCGCCCACAGGUGCUGUCUUAACGGACUGGGACGUGGACCUUUCCCUCUCCUUCUGGGACUGGGAGCAGGGAGGUUUGGUUCUUGAAACUCCUCAGGGUCGGACUUUUAUUUUUUACUGGGAGCUGUGCUGCCCUUUCAAGGUUUUUCAAUAGUUGGUGUUUGCAUUUCCAACCUCAAAGAAUUCCAGGCAGGCGCUCCCCUUCCCCCACCAGUGACAUACUUGUGCAAGCGGUCAUCGUUGCGUCAUGGGGCAGACGUGGGGAGCUUCCUGUUGCCUUGCGUGGGUGUGGGGCCUGGGAGGAGGGUCUGGGGUGUGGAUCGCCCUGGGGAAUGGGAGGAGGGCGUCCUGAGUCACGUCGCCCCGCUUGCUGCGGGUUUGUGCCCCGCGCCCCUGCGCCUUCGGGCGAAUAGCGGGGGAGGGUGGGGGCUGAUCUAAUUUCAGGUUACAAUUUUUCUCAUCUGGUGCGUUAGAGAUGGGGAACAUGUUCACAAUCUCAAGCGUGACCAUCCCUCAGACACACAGACACAACCCAGACGAUCCUGGUCUGAAUCACAGAAAUUGGUGAGGGUGUUUAGAGCACUGUAAGGCUGAGCUGGGACCAGUUGCUGGUGGUACUGGGCCAAUUUGGGGAGGGGAAGAUUCUUGCCAGGGCGUCCCGAGGUCUGUUUACCUUUACUGUGGUGAAUUCUGUUUAACUUCAUCUAUCUGGCCUUUUGCUAGAAACGCCAGAUAAAAUAAAAACCAUUUGAAUAAA